AUGGCUCUGAUAUUUAUCGUAGUCUUCAGCUGUCAGGUGCACCGAAGGCCUUCUGGACGGUUGAGUAUCGGACGGCGACUCGCCCUUCGGGGAUUCAGUAGCAGGAGGCUCAAGCGGCAUUUUGGCGCUCUCUGGCGGAGCAUCCUGCUUCUAUGUGAAGAUCAGGCAUUUGUCGGCUAUCAUGUCACCAGAGAUAAGUGGAAUGGGAUUCCUGAGUUCCUAGCACUAGGUAAUACCCAUAUCAUUCCAACGGCGAUCGCGUACCCCCAGGACGGCUCCUCAUGCUGUAUUGGUGUGGAGGCGCAACGCCAAAAGAACUGCCUUAUCGAGGAGCUCGUCGAGUCGACAUGGUUGCACCUGCCUCUCAGGCAACGCCAGGAUCCAUCCCUCGUCGUGUCCGACUUCCUGGGAAAGAUAUUAGGGCAUCUCCAGAGUUUCUUGAAAUAUGACGAUGCAAUGGACAGAAUGCCAAAGAACUUCAUAUUUACCACGCGAUCUACUUGGUCGGAAUCUGCUCAUAUGAAGAUGGAACAGGCUGUUUAUUCGGCAGGGUUUACAAAUCCUCGCGGCGCAAGCGUCUCCUUCACUUCCGAGGCCGAGGCGGUCGCCGUAUACGCCGCCAGUGAAGGGGGAUUCAACAUGGGGCAGCUUUGUGAAACAGGCGAUGGGGUCAUGGUGGUUGAUUGUGGAGCCAGUACUGUCGACAUAACUACUUUUCUCGUCGACCAGAAAAUUCCUUUUGAAUAUCAAAGACUUACAGCGUUUACAGGUAACGCCUGUGGGGCGGUUCAGCUCCAAUCUCUGAUAUAUAAGAAGUUGCAACACAACGAAGGGCGUGGUCCGGUGACGAGAAGCAAGGUCAAUCGUCCGUUUGCCCAAUGGGCCCGGCAAAUUUUUCCGCAUGGUCCUAUAUCAAUGCCCACUAACACCGGGCUCCCGCAUGCUGACCUGCAGCUGAUCUACAAGAGCGCUGCCAUCAAGAUCAUUGGCCAUAUUCGGCGUGAAAUUGCUUGCGCUAACAUCUGCGCUGGACGCAGUGUUGUCAAGAGACUACUUUUAGUGGGAGGUUUGAGUGGAUCGGCCGAGAUCUCAAACAGAAUUCAGUACACAUUUGAAAACGAGUUCAGGAUCGAAUUCCACCAGCCAUAUCACGUGUAA